AUGAGCUCGUUUGGCCACGAAGAAGGGAUUAUCAAGAAUCCCACAUUUGGUGAAGACUUCUUUGAAGAUCCAGUUCACGUUGCAGCUGGUAAAGUUUUAGAAGAAAACAGAAAUACUUUGAGAAAGAACUCAAUGCAAUCUUUCGGCAUUACGGAACCGGCUGAAAAACAGGCAUCAGGACUGUCGGGGAUUGCCAAGUUUAUCUUGUUUUUGGUGGUUUUGGUGUCAGUUACGGCUAUGGUUUUGUGUUUGCUACUUGUUACGGGUACGAUAAACAUUAGCGAUGGGAGUUCAAAUCAACAAGAAGGUGUGGAUCCACAAGUUGGUUUUCAGCUUUCAAAUAAACAGCUUUAUGACAUGAUUAUAGACCUUCGGAAGAAAAUUGAAGAACUGCAGCAGGCAAAUGUAACGACAAGAGAAAGAAUAAAAGCACAAGAGGACAAAGAAGAUUAUGACGUUAACCGUUUGCAGAAGGCAAUCAAUGACACCAUAGAUAUUAGCAAAGCAGAUGACACCACCAUCACUACACGACCAGCAGCACAAGAAGCGAAGGAACAGAACGAUGUCAACUUUCUUUAUACAAAUCUAAAUCAAACGAGAGACCAUCUGCAGAAGGCCAUCAAUGACACCAUAGACAUGAGCAAAGCAGACGAUACCACCAUUACUACACGACUAGCGGCACAAGAGGUGAAGGAACAGAACGAUAUCAACCUUCUACAGAAGGCCAUCAAUGAUUCCAUAGACAUGAGCAAAGCAGAUGACACCACCAUCACUACACGACUAGCGGCACAAGAGGUGAAGGAACAGAACGAUGUCAACCUUCUACAGAAGGCCAUCAAUGACACCAUAGACAUGAGCAAAGCAGAUGACACCACCAUCACUACACGACUAGCGGCACAAGAAGCGAAGGAACAGAACGAUACUUUUUCUGGUGUGUACUCAGAUGCAGUGGUAGAAGAAUUAGCACAGCUGAAGAACAAUCUUACAAGGUUGACCAAAAGAGUGGUAGAUGCUGAAGCCAAGGCACAAGCGGGACCUCCCGGUCCACAGGGGCCACCUGGUGCAAACGGUACCCAGGGUUCACGGGGACCACCAGGGCCAUCAGGGGUAAAUGGUUCGGUAGGCCCUCAAGGACUGAUGGGUCCUCCAGGACCACAGGGGAUCAAUGGUUCAAUUGGAAAUCUUUCACRAUGUUUAGUGAUCAGAAARASCAGCUCUCGAGUAGCUGCUUMUUUUAAUGCUWAUAUUUUUGUWACYGUKUCGGAGAAUGCGGUAGUUACGUCUGCUUAUGUUGGCACACAAAAGUCUGUUAACCUUUUGUACGAUGAAAUGGCUGAGUUAAGAAAAAACCUUUCCAUCCUGUCCACACAAAUGAUCGAUGCAGUGUCUAAGAUGCCAGGACCUCCAGGACCACAGGGUCCCCCUGGAAUCAACGGUACUCAAGGAAUCCAGGGUCCACCGGGGAUAGAUGGAACUCCAGGGUCACCCGGUGUACCGGGGUCUAAUGGUUCAACAGGCCCGCAGGGGGCUCCUGGUGCAACAGGAGAACCAGGUCCACGGGACUUCAAUGGUUCAAUAGGACCCGUUGGUCCAAAGGGAGACCAAGGAGCAGGAAAUCUUACACAAUGUGUGGUGAAGACAAAACAAGAAGUAGCGAAUAGCGGGCCUUCU